AUGACCUCACCAAGCGCUGGAAGUUCUCUUUGGUUGCUGGACAGCGGAUGCAGCCAGCACAUGACAUCGGAUAAACAAUGGUUUGAAGAUUUGACGGAGAUGGACGAACCGGUAUGCGUGGAGCUUGCUGAUGGGAGCACUCUGAAGAGCUCAAUGGUGGGCACAAUCAGAGCACAAGCACCCGAUGGGACAACGGUGCGUUACACCGAAGUGCUCUACGUACCCGGAUUGAAGUCCAACCUUCUCUCUUAUUGUCAACUGCUGAAAAAGGGAGCUCGAAUCAACACAAAUGCUGAAGGCGACGCCGAGAUCAGCAUGCCUGUUGGAGAUGGGCAUGUACGAAUUGGACUUGGCAAGGACGUGCAUGGAGUGCUCAUGGUGGAUUAUGAGCCAGCAGUUGCUUCUGCCCAUGAAUCUGGACACACUCAUGAGGAUGCGCAUGGUCAUGGCGAAUUGAACGGUCAAUCUGCUCCUGCAUCCGUCACCUACCGUAUUGCGCACAUGGCUCGUGUCGUGAGGGACAUGGCACGUGAUGGUGACAAGGACACUCAUUUACCGGGCACGUUUGAUGAUAUGCUGCUGGACGCUGAGACGUUUCUUGGACAUCAGCAGCACACGAAUGAAGACUCACCCCACGUUGCGGUGUGGACUUCAGGGGGAGAAGGAAAACAGUCCGCGGUGGGUAAAGGGGACUCCACGGACCAAGACUUACAUGGAGCUGAUGAAGACAAUGCUAUCGAAGGAAACGGAGGUGCUGCAGCAAAUGGGUUACCUGCAGCAGAUGUAACUGUAUCAGAGGAAGUUGAAGAUGAUGAUGCUGGAAACAAGGUGGGAUAUGCAACUACGGGUGUGCGCAUGGCUGCCUUGACAUACAAGGAAACAAAAGACAUGGUCACGGAUCAGCCCACACUCGCCAAAGACGGACAUGACAUCACCUGCAGCCGCAUGUGCGGCCUCCAACCGAUUCCUCAUGGAGCAAAAUCUGCAAAUGGUCAGCAAGUCAAUGGUGCUGGUGCAACACUCACAUGUGCGGACUUCUCGCAAUGUGCUGGACAACAAGGCGUUACGUAA